UCCCGCCCCUGACCGGGAAGCAGACAGACGGCGGUUCCGCUGCGCGGUCACUCGGCCUCCCCGCAGCCGCCCCGCAGCAUGAGCCCGCCCUGAGAUGGCGGCACCGUGCCGGACCCGCACGCUGCAAGUGGUGGACACGGAGUUCAGCGCCGACGCCGUGGAGUGGUGCCCGGUGGAGGGCUGGCACAGCAUCCUGGCCUGCGGCACAUACCACCUCCGCCCUCCCGCCGCGACCGAGUCCCGAGGAAGCAGCGGGGCUUGUGACCGCACCGGGCGCCUCUACCUCUAUCACUACAACGAGGAGCAGCCCUGCAUCCCCCUGACUGAAAUCCAAAGGAUUGACACCGCUGCCAUUCUGGACAUCAAAUGGUGCCACGUUCCUGUUGCAGAACACCCCAUGGCUGGCAUUGCGAACUCAACAGGCGCCGUGGAGUUUUUCCACCUGACUGGGAGCGAGAAGAACAGCUGCAUGUUGGAGCCAUGCUUCAGGGUGGAUCUGGGUGCCCAGCAGCUGGCCUUGUCUUUGGACUGGUCCACAGGACGUGAGCAGUGUGGGUGUCCUUUGAAGGUGAUCAGCAGUGACUCAGAGGGGAAGCUGAAUCUUUUCUCCAUAGAUGAAUCUGCUCCUUCUGUGCAUGUCCUGAACCAGUGGAAAGCUCACAAAUUUGAGGCCUGGAUUGCUGCUUUUAACUACUGGGACACAGAUAUUGUGUACUCAGGAGGAGAUGACAGCCUGCUGAAGGGCUGGGACACCAGGUGCAGUCCAGAGGCUCCUGUUUUCACCAGCAGGAGACACUCCAUGGGUGUGUGCAGCAUUCAGUGCAGUCCCCACCGGGAGAAUCUUCUGGCUACUGGCAGCUACGAUGAGCACGUGCUGCUGUGGGACACCAGGAACAUGAAGCAGCCCCUGGCAGACACCCACGUGGAAGGAGGAGUUUGGAGGCUGAAGUGGCACCCCAGCUGUGACUUCCUGCUGCUGGCAGCCUGCAUGCAGAGUGGCUUCAAAAUCCUGGACUGCCGGGGCAGCCUGGCAGAAAACACGGAGGAGUGUCUCAUCCUGUCAUCCUAUGUCUUGCACAACUCCCUGGCCUAUGGGGCUGACUGGUCCAGGCUGUGUCCAAGGGAUUCCUUGCCUGCAGCACAGGACUCUGCUGCUGUGUGCCAGUCCGCGGAGGAGCUCAGGGGAAGAGCAGAGGGAGGAGGCGAGAGACUGAACCUGCAGGUCCAAAACCUGAAGAUAAUUUAUGAGUCUCCUACAGCUACUUUUGAUGUAGUCCUGGAGGAGGAGAGUGAAGGCCCUGCCUUGCUGCUCCAGGCAGAGCAAGGCCCUGAGCUGCCUGGGGAUCCCCCUCUGGGGAAGGGCUCUGACCUCAAGGGCAGCCUGAGGGCUCCUGAGUCAGUCAGUGGUGCUGGGCUGGAGGGGGGCAGGGACUCAGCCAGGGCUCUGGAGAGCCCAAAGGAAACCAGCAUUGUAGCCACUUGUUCUUUCUAUGACAACAUCCUCCAUGUCUGGAGGUGGGAGAUGAGCCUGGUGACCCCUUCAGAGCUGCCACGGCCAACGUCUCCAGCUGAGGGUCUGCACUGAGCAUUCCCUGGGAAGAGGGGUGAGAAACUCCUGUACUGACAGCCAGAGCUGAGCUUAGACCCUCCCUGAUUCCUGUUGGGCUUUUCCAGUUGUAUUGUGGAGCUUUGGAGUCUUUUCAGGCUGCAGCUAAUGGAAUUGCUGGUGUUUUAUUUCCAGCACUGAGGAAAGCCUUUGCUUUGAGGUGCCUGGUCAAGCACAGACACAUUUAUUUAGUUUUUCCUUUAAUGUGCUCAUUCAGAGAACCUUCCUCUCAGAGGCUGCUUGCUUGCACCUCACCUCUGAACCCCCUGCAGGUUGGGUUUGUGCUUGUACCAUGGAGCUCUCAAGCCCAUUCUCCUCCUUCCCUCACAAACCAAACCUGGCUGUGCUGCUGCUCCAGAGGCAGAAAUUCCCUGGAUGUCUGGGAAAAGCCCAGCCAGGACUGGAGGGGAUGCUCAAUGGUCUUUAGCAGAAAGAAAUUACUUUUUAGAAGGAAAUUAGAAGGAAAUCCAGGCUGGGGGGUAUGAGAGGCAGCAGUUCAGGGACAGGAAGCUCUGUUCCCAGCAGGGCUUUUCUCGUGAGGGUUCUGGUGUCUCUGCACUCUGAUUUUCCAUCAGCCUCACCACCCUCUCACUGCCUCACUCUCAAGCAAAGUCCUGCUGUGUGUCAGGGCCACACUUCACCCCCUCUUGGCAUCAGGAUGGUGUUUCCUGCUCUGCACAGGAGACACAACACUUCUUAGGUCCAAAGUCAAGAUCUUUCAGUUUUGUAAAGGUCAACAGCUUUAAGAUCAAAACCUCCAAAAAGCACCUGCAGUGUUUCCUGAUGGUUUUUUUUUUUAGAGUUCAGAUCCUUUAGCAGAGAAACCAAAAUCUUUCCCACAUUGCCCUAACUACCUCCAGGGAUGGCUGCAGGGUUUCUCAUGGUUGCUCCAUCAUUAGCUUUGUGUUUUCACUGUGAAACAUCAGCAGAAUGAGGUUUCUGGAACACUGUAUCUAUCUAAAAACAAAGUAACAAAAAAA